AUGGGAAACCUGUCGACCACCGGAACAACACUGGCGGUGUUGUGGGGUCUGUGCUAUUGCCUCCCAGGUGCAUUUGCACUAACAGGCGGUUGGGUGGAGACCGACCCUACAUGGGUGACACCGGGCGAAUGGGAGGGCGAGGACGGCAUCCGGCGGGUUGCCGGCUACGUCCUGGACGCCAACUUCAAGACGACAUGGAGACCUGGAGAUGAGGAGGCCUCCUGGUGGCUGACGUUUGAUCUGCAGGCGCCCAUGACGCUCUCCAGGAUCCAUAUAUGGUACAAGGGCAGCAGCGUCGACGUCACAGUCCUACGCUCGACUGGGCGAAGUUGGGCCGAAGUGGAUCACAAUUGGGGUCAACAAAACAGGGUUCUGUCACCUCUAAACGGAAUCGAUCUAAGUGACAACCCCAACACAAAAGGGGUCUCACUUAACGAAAUUGAUCUAAAUGGACUCCUCAGCCCCAGAGCCCAGCUUUGGCGCCUACAUUUCCCGCGUGAGAAUCAGGCAGAAAUCAUCGAAAUCAGCGAGAUCAGGUUUUUUCAGGCUUGCUCCCAAGUUGAGAGGACGGUCUGCACAGACGGAGACUGUGACGUGCAUGAGGUGAUCUGUGACGGCAUAGUCGACUGUGACGAUGGGAGCGAUGAAAACAACUGUGAUGAGGAGAGGUGCCUAAAUGGAACCACCAUCAGCACGACACGAGUGUGUGACGGUACAGACGAUUGUGGAGACAACUCGGACGAAGAGAACUGCUCUCCUUCCGCCUGUGACAAUGGGGCCCUGUUCCAUUGGGCCACUCGCUGUGACGGCAAAGAUGACUGUGGAGACAACAGUGAUGAGAAGAACUGCGACUGUUACCACCUACGGGACAGAGGGGCAAGUUACAGGGGCCUAGCAAACAGGGACAGAUCCUGUCAGUUCUGGACAUCUCAGUACCCCCACGCCCAUAACCACACUCCCGAGGCCUAUCCGUCAGCAGGACUGGAGUGGAACUACUGUAGGAACCCGGACGGGAAGGACAGACCGUGGUGCUACACCAACAACCCGCUCGUCAGGUGGAGGUACUGCGACGAUGUCUUCGCCUGUGAUGCCCCACCGACGCGUUGCUUCUAUGCAAUGGAUAAGGGAAGGAGCUACGCAGGACAAAUAAACAGGGCAGGGGGGCGUCUGUGCCAGAGAUGGGACUCCCAGUCUCCCCACAACCACCCCCACACACCGCAGGCUCAUCCUGAUGCGGGGCUGGAGGAAAACUUCUGCCGUAACCCUGACAACAAGGAGCGGCCCUGGUGCUACACCACGGACGGGACGCGGAGGUGGGACUACUGUGACGUGAUGGAAUGUGCUGAUCCUUUCUCACUGAACGCCAUCGACAAGACAUGCUCGGAAAGCAAUACCUGCCUCUUUAAAUCGCAUGAAGUUGAUGAUCGACGAUUUUGUCAAUGUGACGAAGACUGUAGCUUUUUCGGCGACUGUUGCAAAGGCUUCGAGUUCGGCCAUGGCUCGUCAAACAAAACUGCCUCCUUACUAAACUGCAGCGAGCCCGCAUUGACUUUUACAUCUGAAGAGUUCCGAGUCCUUCCCAAUGGUAGUGUCCACCUGUUGAGUUCUAACGUGUCCUGCCCGGCUGGGCAGGUGGUCAUUCUGAACACAACAGCGUCAAUCUGCGGAGAGUGCGUACUGCAACAUUUCUCCCGGCAAACAACCGGCAGUAGGGACGCUGUCCAGGGUUGGCUAACUCUGGGUCUUGUGUCAGCGUCUGCCGUAGCCGUCACUGGUUUUGUGGUUCACACUUACAGGUCAGGCCAGUGGAAAAAAGUCUCGGAAAAGCUGAAGGUGCAGAUGAUGACAUGCAUGGCGGCUGCCGAAGUCCUGUUUGUGGCACGGGGGUUCGUCCCUCUAGGAUCUGGCUGUAUAGCGUUUGCGGUACUUCUGCACUACCUUCUGCUGACGGCAUUUUCCUCCAUGAACGCGCUAGCUGUAGAUCUCUUUCUUACUUUUCGUGACAGUACAGAGAGGGCCGAACUGUACAAGUACGUCUUGUAUGCCUGGCUGGUGCCGGUGCCUGUAGUCCUUGCCACAGUGAUUGUGGAAUUCGGCAGUUCUGUCAGGGUGGGUUAUGGAGAGCAGUGUUGGAUCGGUAAUCCAACAGCCAGUCUGGUGGCUUUUGGGGUCCCUGUUCUCGGUGCUCUUCUGGUCAAUGUAGUCUUGGUCACGUUUGUCUUAGUGGCCAUUCGAAAGGCGUUCGAGAUAGCCGACGCUGCAAAGUCUCGCUCAGACAUCAGCAAGGCCUGGGUGUACGUGCGCAUCUCGUUCAUGAUGGGAUUCACCUGGAUUCUAGGCUUCAUCUACCCUUACGUCAACAGCCCAGCUGUCCAGUACAUCUUCAUUGUGCUGAAUGCUUCUCAGGGCCUGCUGCUGACAGUGUUGAUGACAUUGACGGGGGAGGUGUUGAAGAAAUGGAAGUCUGCGAUCAUGGCACGCUUUGGUCUGGCUGAAGCUCAUCAGGACAAUGGACAAACCACCACCACUACAAUGGGACGGACCACCAGAGGGAAGAAGGGGGUAACGGCAGGUGCAACCGGCUCUGCUAUAGAGAUACCCAUGACAACUUUUGCCGUUGUCGAGGAUAACAGGGCACACGGUCAACUGGGUGAGGCUAACCAGGACAGUACACGCACCGCCAGUGCCAGCAAUCCGCAGACCACUGCUGAUGAAACCAAGGCAACAGCAGGUGGAACCGACUCUGCUACAGACAUGCCCAUGACUACUUUUGCUGAUGUGAAGGAGAACAGGGAUAAAGACGGGCGUUCGGCGAACCCUUAA